UCCAAACUGGUUGGCAGGCAGUUCGACCGAUAGUUGAAGUUUAGUUUCGUACUGUUCGCCUGAAGGCUCGUACACAUCGGUGUCGCUUUUUGUUGUGUAUCGGUGAAAGGAAAGAGAGUUUUUAAGUUGUUCUCACAGCAAACAACAACAAGAGCCGGGGUUUGAGUUUUCUCCUAGUGCUGUUGGAGGUUCUUUUCUUUUUGCAAGGGCCGUCGUGCAUUUUGCGUGUUGACAGUGAGCGAGUAAAGAAGGCUAAAAGCACAAAUUUGCGUGUUCGGGUGCAUUUAGCGAUUCGACCGUCGGUACUUGGGUGAAUUUGCUUGGAACAGAAAGUGGUGGUGCAUUUAUGAUAUGGUGCAGGAUUCUCGGUAAAAUUUGAACAGAUCGGUUUGGUUUGAACGGCGCCGUGUUAGUUUGAGUUCGGUUUGCGUUUCUUCUGUGCGUGGUGAAAUAUUGCAAAAUUUUCAAAAUUGAGAGAAUAAAACGGAAACGUGAAUCCUCUAGUGAGUUAAGUGGUAGUAGCGGUAGUAGUAGUAGCAACAGUUGCAGCAACAUUACGGGUAGUAGCAGCUUUGCGACGAAUACGGCACUAGCGUCGGCUGCGUCGGCGAUUGCAGCAGCAGAAGCUCACCACCGAAGGAAGCAGCUGGCUCAUCACGAAAGGAUGUUGCUCGACACGCAGAACAAUAACAAUAAUAACAAUAACGGCAGUGGCACCAGCAUGACCGCCAACAGUAGGAACGUGGCCGCGUCGGCCGCGGCCCUACAGGCGGCAGCUGCGGCCGCCCUGACGGCGGCCAAGGGUGCUACGGACUUCUCGAUCGCGGCAAUCAUGGCACUGCGGGAGGGCUCCGCAAGCCGGAGCCCUCUGGAAGCAGUUUUCGUAAGUGGACCUCCAAGUUCGGUAGAUCGGCUUUCGGAAGUUGACGAUGAAGUGGAUGUCGAUGUGGAAGAGUGCUCCGAUUCGGAGGAAGCUUCCCGGUCCGGUCAGGACGGUCGACGGACACAUUCCAGAGCGACGGCAACGCCCAACAGUGUGUCGGACGAGGAGCGGCUCACACCGGAACCGGCUUCGGUAAGUGCUAAGAAAAAACGACCAACCAUCGUCGGUUCGUGCAAUUCGGACGACCUCCGGCCGGUUCAGUGUCACCUGGAAACCAAGGAGCUGUGGGACAAAUUCAACGAACUCGGCACCGAAAUGAUCAUCACCAAAACGGGACGGCGUAUGUUCCCCACGGUCCGAGUGUCGUUCUCCGGCCCGCUCCGGCAGGCGACCCCAGCCGACCGGUACGUGGUCCUGUUGGACGUGGUCCCCGUAGAUAACCGGCGCUACCGUUACGCAUACCACCGAUCCGCGUGGUUGGUCGCCGGCAAGGCUGAUCCACCGCCACCUCCCCGGCUGUACGCCCACCCCGAUACUCCGAUCGGUGCGGAUGCCCUCCGCAAACAGGUUAUCUCCUUCGAGAAAGUCAAACUCACCAACAACGAGAUGGACAAGAAUGGCCAGAUUCAUUCACCAAGUUCUGCUCAGAGGAACCGACUGAUCGUCCUCAACUCGAUGCACCGCUACCAACCGCGCAUCCAUCUGGUUCGGCUCGGUCCGGGCCAGAACAUUCCCGGCACGCCAAAGGAACUGCAGGAUGUGGACUACAAGACGUACGUCUUCCCGGAGACGAUCUUUACCGCCGUCACGGCCUACCAGAACCAGCUUAUCACCAAGCUCAAGAUCGAUUCCAAUCCCUUUGCCAAGGGUUUCCGCGAUUCGUCCCGAUUGACCGACUUCGAUAGUUUCCCGGGAAUGGAUCCCAUGGACGCGUUGCUGCUGGAGCAACACCUCCGCUCACCGUUGCGCCUCUUCCCGGACCCACUGAUGGCUCAAUUCGCGGGAGCAGGUCAAGACCCGGAUGGAGCUCAAGCUGCUCUGCUGGAAAAAGCCCGUCAGCACUUGCAGAUGUGGGGUCGUGCCACCCCGUACGGAGAUCUCCUAAUACCGCAAAUGUACCAACGACCGAAUCUGGGGGCGCUCAACCUCGGGCACCUCUGGCAGAGUCAAUGGCCUCAGCAGUUCCCACCGGGCUUCCUACCAAAUGCUGCCGCCGCAGCUGCAGCAGCAGCCGCUUCUGCUCCACCUCCUCCUCCCCCCAGGACAACUCCACCCCCACCAACCCAAACUAUGACCAGUCCGGCCAGCUCUGCCGGGUCACCCUCUCCGGACCUCCGAGCAAAGCACUUCCCCCGCUUCAGCCCCUACCAAAUCCCACAGGCACAUCACCACCAACCCCAAGGCCUACCUCCCUCCGCUGCCCUACCACACCAGUCGCCCUCACCGAGAAGUCCUUCAAACUAAACACCGGUCAUCGCACUACGACCACCAGCACCCCCGUCUGAAAGAGGCUUGUCCGAAUCUUAAUGAUUUCCGAAAGAUCAGACCACAAAUCACGAUACAGUAUUAUCGCAGAGCUACUGGUAUAGAACCUAAUCUCGCAUUCACCAACGACUUCACGAAGCCACUCAUCAAGUCUCACCUGUAAAUAGCCAUCAACCGUAGAACCGUAGAUAUAUCUAGGCGAAAGUAGUUCCCCACGAGGAAGGGAUGUUAUUUAUUACUCACCAACACCUUCGGAUCGGUAGUAUGUAAUGUUGCAAUUUUUGUUUUUUCGUUUCUAUUGAAUGACAUAAAGACAAGCGAUGAAAAAAUGGACAGUAGUUUAGAGAAAAAAAAUGUUUCGCAGUUGGGAGGACAGAAGAACAAUAAACCACACACUUAAACACUCUCAAUCGCAGAUAGAAAAAAAAUCCUAGCUGUUUUAAUCAGUAUAUGAACGUACUUUAAUAUGGAAGCCAAUUUCCUACUUUGUGGAUAG